CACAUUAUUUAUGCCGCUUACCAAAGAGCCCCGCUAGUGCAAGGGCGAGGACUACGACUCCCGUGGAUGCUAGCGGCCGCCUGUAGUAGUUCGCCUCCUGAGAGAUGACUAGUGCAGCAUGUUGGACCGUCAAUUUGCUCUAGUUCCAGCUGAGCGCAGUUUCCGGGCACCGAGAGCCUGACAGCCUGAGAGCCCAACCUGCACCCACAGCCCGGUCACUGGAUCCAGUUGGAGACAAAUGUCGGCAAACGAACCUCCAGAGAAUGGGCCACCUGAUUCCUCAGACGUACCCCAUGGCAUCUCUGAUGCAGAUGCCUUUCGAAUCUUGUGGGAAAUGAAAAUGAAGAAAAGGCAGAGACAGCCCUCCCUUCCUGAAACAGUCACCCAGCUUACCACGGAGGAGGGCAGCACGGUGUACAUUGUAGGCACUGCCCAUUUCAGUGACAGCAGCAAGCAAGAUGUGGUGAAGACUAUCCAGGAGGUCCAGCCGGAUGUGGUUGUUGUUGAACUUUGUCAGUACAGAGUGUCCAUGUUAAAGAUGGAUGAGGAGACAUUGCUCAAGGAAGCCAAAGAAAUUAACCUGGAAAAACUCCAUCAAGCCAUUAAACAGAAUGGAGUCAUGUCUGGUCUCAUGCAGAUGCUUUUAUUGAAAGUCUCUGCCCACAUCACUCAGCAGCUGGGAAUGGCUCCUGGAGGAGAGUUUAGAGAGGCUUUCAAAGAGGCCAGCAAAGUGCCCUUCUGCAAGUUUCACCUUGGGGACAGACCUAUUCCGGUUACAUUCAAGAGAGCCAUUGCUGCACUUUCAUUCUGGCAAAAAAUGAAGCUAGCCUGGGGUCUGUGCUCUUUAUCUGACCCCAUCAGUGAAGAUGACGUGGAGAAGUGCAAGCAGAAGGAUUUGCUGGAGCAGAUGAUGGCUGAAAUGAUUGGAGAGUUCCCAGAUUUGCACCGUACCAUAGUCUCCGAGAGAGAUCUGUAUCUCACUUACAUGCUGAAGCAAGCUGCUAAAAGAAUAGAAUUACCUUGUACCUCUGAAACAGAGCCUAGAAAAAGCAUCCCAUCCAUUGUGGUUGGAGUGGUCGGGAUGGGACAUGUGCCUGGGAUUGAAAAGAACUGGGUCAAUGACGUCAACAUCCAUGAGAUCAUGAGUGUGCCUCCUCCUUCGACACUGAACAAGAUUGUUACUCUUGCUGUAAAAGUGACAUUCUUCGGACUCUUAGGUUACGGUUGUUACUGUAUUAGUAAAAGGACUGUUCGGAUGAUUCUCUCAGUGCCAGCCACACAGUAUUGCCUUCAAAGACUGAACAGAAUGAGCCUCUGAAGUGAGAAGUGUGCAACCUGACCAGUCUAUAAAAUGUAAUCGAGACGAGGCACGCCAUUGAGCCACUUCUCGAAAUUUGAUACAGGAGCAUAGUUAAGCAGGGGUUUUCUCCAUUUUAAGUGAUUGUUCUGAAAUUACACCAGCCUAAAUGUAUUUCCUUGGGAAAGAUUUACAUGCUAACUGGUAACCUGGAGACUGAGGUGUCGAUGGAUCCAUUUAAAUAUCUUAUUACAUUCUCCUUUCUUGGACUGCACUCUCUAACGGUACUAUAAUGGGUUCCCAGUGUGCACUGCAAGAGUGUUAUGAGUUAUACCAAAAGUAUUCUUGUGGUGUGAAACACCAAGCAAAUUACUCUCUACUCUAGGUCUCGUGGGUGAAUUUAUGUCUGUACAUUGAGGUUUUCACCAAAUUUCUUGGUGGUCAAACACUUUCUUUAUCCUGUCCACUUAAUUAACCAAUUUUUAUAACGCUAUAACUAUAUACACUGCCUUUAAUUGUCUGAAGAAGUGCAAAUGAACACCUGUUCAGCCUUCUCAUAAUUUUACAAAAUCUCAUUAUCUAUGCAUUAAUACACAGGAGGUUUGUUGUUGAUUUAUUUUUUUUUAAAUAAUUUUUAUGGGCACUGACGGGGAGGUUUUGAUUGCUAAUAAUUGCUGAUCAAGCCUUUCUUUUGUUUUUAUAAGAAAAGUGUUGAAGCUGCAUUCACUGAAUAUUGUGAGCUUCUAAAAUCUCUAGCUUUUAUUAGAAAACUCAUUUACACAAAUGUAUGGUCCAAACUGAAAUCAAGACAUUUCU